UUCUUUUGCCCAACUCCCCACUCUCUCAUCACUCCCCACCGCACCACCAAUUCCCCGUUUUCAUCUUAUUAUUCAUUCUCAUCAUCCGUUUCCUUUCUCUUCUUGUCAUCUUUUUUUCUCCUUUCCCUUUUUUUUUUUUUCCUGAGGCUGAGCCUGCGCUCUCCAGAUCCUUGACGAUCGGUUUGUGUUUUUGAAUUUGUCUCCAGAAGCAUUACGCUUUGCGGAUCUGCUGCAGUUAUUGUUCUUCAGACUCUGAAUCAAACGGUUGGAGUCUUGGAGAUUGAUUCCUACUGGCAUUGUUGCCAAGCGUCCUUUGGAAAGUUAUACAAUUUAUGGUCAUUUAGCUUUACCUAGAAAAUGUUGGGAGGCAACAAUGGUAACCCUGUGCUUCCUGUUUUUGUGGAUGAGAAUCGAUUCCAGUAUCAGACUAAUGCAUCAAAUCAGCUGCAGUUAUUUGGAAACUUAGCAGCUGGGUGUAGUGUUGAUCCAGUAAAUUAUUUUCGAAAUGAGCAUAUGACCUCUAUGCUUAGAUCCAACAAACGAGGAAGGGAAACAGAAGAUAUCCAGAGACAGCAAAAGCUACAGAUUUCAUUGAAUUAUAACCUUUGUCAAGAUGAUGCUGACCGCACAGCAAGCAUUCCAAACCCAAAUCCUGUGUCCACUGGGUUAAGGCUAUCAUAUGAUGAUGAUGAGCACAAUUCAUCUGUUACUUCUGCAAGUGGAAGUAUGACAGCAGCAUCAUCAAUCAUCCUGUCCCUCGGUGACAACAUUAGGACAGAGCUUGAUCGACAAAAAGAAGAAUUUGAUCAGUAUAUUAAGAUUCAGGAAGAACACUUAGCUAAGGGGGUAAGGGACAUGAAGCAGAGGCAUAUGGCUUCCUUUCUUGCUGCUAUAGAGAAGGGUGUAAGCAAGAAGCUACGGGAGAAAGACCUAGAGAUAGAGAACAUGAAUCGCAAGAACAGGGAGCUCAUUGAGAAGAUAAAACAAGUGGCUAUGGAAGCUCAGAACUGGCACUAUAGAGCGAAGUACAAUGAGUCGGUUGUUAAUGUCCUAAAGAACAACCUCCAGCAGGCAAUUUCACAGGGUGCUGACCAAGGAAAGGAAGGAUUUGGAGACAGUGAAGUUGAUGAUGCUGCCUCAUACAUUGACCCAAACAACUACCUGAGCAUUCCAGGUGGUGCUGCAAAAACUAUUCCCAGGAAUCUCCAUGGUUUGAAGGAGCACAUGAUUUGUCGAGCAUGCAAAGCUAAGGAGGUCUCCAUCCUCUUGAUGCCUUGUAGGCACCUCUGCUUAUGUAAAGACUGUGAUGUGUUAAUUAAUGUUUGUCCUGUAUGCCAGCAGAUGAAAAGUGCUGGUGUCCAAGUGUACUUGUCCUAAAUUAUGGAGCAAAUUACUCAAAAGAAAAUCAUUCACAGCCUGCAUUCCAUGUGACAUGUUACCAAUUCCAGACAUGUUACCGCUUUCAGUUUGCUUUCAAAAGAAA